CGGUUCAAGAUCACGUGAUCAAACUCGGGGCCGCUACUUAAGCUUGUGGCGCGCGCGCUUUACCCUGUUUCCUUAUCUGCUUUGUAAUAAAACACGGUGUGGUGAAGUUACAAAGGUAAAGUCGCGCUGUUUACAUUAAGAUAAUCAAAGAAAUGAGUUCUGUCAGAAAAAUGAAGCAAGUGGAGAAUCCACGUGAAAAUCUAAAGAAUUUCUUUACAGCACAAUCAUCAGGGGUCUCCUCCAUGAGGAGAACACUACAGGUCCUCCAACCAUCUGCUGUCAAUAAGCCCCUUGGGAAGAUGAUUCAGCCUGGGAAGGCUGUUCCUAAGAGGAAGAUGUGGAGUUCUGACCAGGUGAAGGGCUCUAAGAGGGUCAAAGCUGAAGUGGCAGUAAAGCACACUGAGCCAGAAAAUGAAAAUCACACUGAAGGAAUCUCUGAAGAGGCCUAUGAACUGAUGGUCAAAGAAACGCCCAGCUCUUCUUACUGGAAGGAGUUGGCAGAGGAGCGCCGAAAAGCCCUUUUCAAUGUUCUCCAAGAGAAUGAGAAGCUUCACAAAGAAAUAGAAGAUAAAGAUGAGCAGAUUGCCAAACUGCGAAGUGAAAAUGAUGAACUACAGGAACUAGCACAGCAUGUCCAACACAUGGCUGACAUGAUCGAGAGGUUAACUGGUAAAAGUCCAGACAACUUGGAAGAACUACGAGAAAUUGCCUUCGACACUGAAGAAGAUUCUGAGUGCAAAAAUAAAGACUGUUGUGGAAGUAAUCUGGAAGAUGAGGACACAAACACAGAACAAGCGAGAACACGGGUUGUGACAGAAACUGAUGCGUCCUCAGAUGAUGAGUCCUGAGAUGAUGAAUCAAAGUAAUUUUUAAGCAUGUGUUGGACAAUUCGGGACUGUGACAUUGCUGUUUGAUUUUCGUUUAUUUUUUUCUUUGAACUACUGAUGUGCAAUUAUCUUUAAGAUUUUUUUUUUUAUUUGAAACUUUUAUUUCUGUAAAAAUUCCAAACUUGGUUAUGUACAUUUUGUAAAACUGACUAUUCAUGUACAUGAAUAAACGGCCAUAUUUUUAUAACACUUUUUUUUUUUAACAGUACUUUAUGUUUAAUUUAGCUUUUACUUUUUUCAAAGUGACAGUCUCCUUGCUGCUGUGCAAAAUGUGUUAAUUUGGUAUGGUACAUUAUGACCAUCUGCCUAAAACUAAGUAGGCCUCUGCUUUUGCCACCAAAACUAUGGUCUGUUGCAUUCAAAAAAGGGGACCAGUAUUAAACUUAGCAACUUGAGCUAUAGUAGUUCUGUGGGAUCAACUUCACUGUCCCUAUUGACCUUGUCAGUCACAAAUCCUUAAGCUUGCCUCCCCCAACCCACCUGCUUCAAAUACAAAAAAAUAUCUAUUCCAGGUGCCAUUGUAACUGUAGGAUGGAAAUCACCAGAGACUGUCUGAUAUCACAG